AUGCCAUCCAAAACCCAAACAGACGUCUUGAUCUGCGGCAGCGGCUCCGCAGGUCUCAGCGCUGCCACAUGGCUUGCGCGAUACGGGAUCCCUUGCAAGAUCCUUGAGCGGCGAUCAGGACCCAUGACAAUGGGACAAGCCGACGGUGUACAGUGCCGGACGGUCGAGAUCUUUGAGAGUUUUGGUAUGGGCGAGGAGUUACUGCGAGAAGCGUACCAUGUGCUGGAAGUGGUAUUUUGGGCGGAGAAUGGGACUGAGUCUGCUUCAGACGGCUCAGGACAUGGUAGUAUCUCACGAACAGGGAGGACGGCGGAUACACAGCCAGGGCUGUCGCAUUGCCCGCAUGUUAUCCUGAACCAGGCGCGGAUCAAUGGAUUGUUUAUCGAUGCAAUGAAGAGGUUUAACGGCCAGGAGAUUGAAUACGGAUGGGAUGUGAAGGGCGUGGAGCUAGGGGAUGAGGGGGAUAAAUACCCAGUCAAGGUCACCGCGGAGAAGGAUGGGGAGGUACAAGCAUUUGAGGCGAAGUAUGUUUUGGGUUGCGAUGGGGCGCACAGCACUGUUCGCAAGCAACUCGGUUACAAUAUGAUUGGUGAUAGCACGGAUGCAGUCUGGGGCGUGAUGGACAUGAUCCCACGUACCGAUUUCCCUGAUAUCCGCAAAAAAGCCUCCAUUCGGUCCAAGGCGGGCAGUCUACUGAUUAUCCCCCGAGAGGGCGAAAACCGCAACUUGACGCGGUUCUAUAUCGAGCUGCCAGCUGGCACGAAGGCUAAAGAGGUCAAGCUUGAAGACCUGCAGCAGGCAGCCAAAAAUAUCCUCAGCCAGUAUAAGAUAGAGUUUACAGAGACGGUCUGGUGGUCUGCGUACGCGAUCGGCCAGCGACACGCAGAUUUCUUCCACAAGAACUACCGCAUCUUCCUCGGCGGGGAUGCGUGCCACACCCACUCCCCGAAGGCCGGACAGGGCAUGAACGUCAGCUUGCAGGACGGAUACAAUAUCGGCUGGAAACUGGCACAUGUCCUGAAGGGGCUCGCUCCGCCAUCAUUGUUGGAGACAUACGUCUUGGAGCGUGAAAAGGUAGCGAUCGACUUGAUCAACUUCGACAGAUACUUCUCGAAGCUAUUCUCGGCCAAGGGGAAUGCGUCCGCUGCGGAAUUCCAGGAGGGGUUUAUCAAAUCUGGCAAAUAUACGGCUGGUCUGACAGCAAAGUAUGACGAAUCGCCUAUAACAUGUGAUUUGGGAUUAUCGGAUUCUCUAGCAAAGAAUGUUGUGGUCGGGAUGAGGCUUCCUAGCUCCCAGAUUGUCCGGCACUGUGACUCGAAACCGGUCCAGCUUAUGAGCGCGCUCAAAUCCGACGGGCGUUGGAGGGUGAUUGUGUUUCCCGGGAAUAUCAGCAAGCCUCAGAAUAAGGCCAGGCUAGAUGCGGUUGGUGCCUACCUCGCCUCAGGCGAGAGCCCUCUACAGACAUACAGGCUACAGGACGAUGAUUGCGACAGCCUUAUUGAACCGAUCCUUGUGGGCCAUGGCCCGCGCCACGAUGUUGAACUGGACCAGAUACCCCCGGCCUUCUACCCUGUUACUGGCAAGAAUCAGAUCAAAGACCUGCACAAGAUUUUCUUCGACGACGAGAGCUAUAACAAAGGCCACGGCGAGCUUUACAAAUAUCUGGAUGUUUCGUCGGUCAUUGCUAUCGAUGACUAUAAGCGCAUUGGACAGUUCUUUGCGGGAUUUUUUGUUCCUCAAGAGCAGCUCAACUCGAGACUGGCCAUGUUAUGA